UCCGGCCAAAAAACGUUGCCUACCCCUGCCCUAGCAUCUGAUUUGCUGAGUAUUCACAGCUGCAUCUAAAGUCAGUGGAAAAUGAUGAAGAGAAGAUGUUUUGAGUUGAUCUGAUGAAAAUGGAACAGAAACAAUUUCUCAGGAAUUCUACAUAACUUUAUUAAAUGUAGGAAUUUUAAACCCCAAACAGUUACCAUCUAAAAGCACCAGUCCCUUUCCCUCACCGUCUAUUCUGUAGGAAAAAAAUGAAUUUUACAAACUGUACAACAGAAGCCAAUGUGGCUAUCCAGCCAAAAACAGUAACUGAAAAGAUGCUUAUUACCUUGACCUUGGGCACAAUCACAGUCUUAACCAUGCUGCUGAAUUCUGCUGUAAUUGCAGCAAUCUGCACAACCAAGAAAUUACACCAGCCAGCAAAUUAUUUAAUAUGCUCGCUAGCUGUGACAGAUCUGCUUGUUGCUAUUCUAGUCAUGCCUUUGAGUAUUAUAUACAUAAUGAUGGAUAAAUGGACUCUGGGAUACUUCAUCUGUGAGAUAUGGCUCAGCGUUGACAUGACUUGUUGCACAUGUUCAAUUCUUCAUCUUUGUGUCAUUGCUCUGGAUAGAUAUUGGGCAAUCACAGAUGCCAUUGAAUAUGCCAGGAAAAGAACUGCAAAAAGGGCUGGGCUUAUGAUAGGCACUGUAUGGACUAUAUCUAUUUUCAUUUCAAUGCCACCAUUGUUUUGGAGGAAUCAUCGCAGCAUCAGUAUUCCAAGUGAGUGUCGUAUUCAACACGAUCAUGUUAUCUAUACAAUUUACUCCACUUUUGGAGCAUUUUAUAUCCCCUUGACUUUAAUACUGAUCCUCUACUACAGAAUUUAUCAUGCCGCAAAGAGCCUUUACCAAAAACGCGGUUCAAGCAGACACCUAAGCAACAGAAGCACCGACAGCCAAAACUCUUUUGCCAGCUGUAAGCUCACACAAACCUUCUGUGUGUCAGACUUCUCUACAUCUGACCCCACCAUGGAAUUUGAUAAAAUAAAUGCUUCAGUGAGAAUCCCUCCCUUUGAUAAUGACCUAGACCUGGCUGGGGACCGUCAGCAGAUUUCAAGUACACGGGAACGAAAGGCUGCUCGCAUUCUGGGACUGAUUUUAGGGGCUUUCAUGUUGUCUUGGCUGCCAUUUUUCAUUAAGGAGCUUAUCGUGGGCCUUAACAUUUGCACUGUGUCUGAAAAAGUAGCUGACUUUUUGACCUGGCUUGGUUAUGUCAAUUCCCUUAUCAACCCUCUGUUGUACACUAGUUUUAAUGAAGAUUUUAAGCUGGCCUUUAAAAAGCUCAUUAGGUGUUGGGAACAUUCUUAGAAGUAUCUAAAAAUGUUGAUGACAUGACUCCUUGGCCUUAAGAAUGAGUAAAAUAAUCAGAAUUUAGCAGCCUUUUUGCUUGGAAAAGAGAAUUUUUGUGUUUGUCUAUAUGCUCAACUU